AUGACAAUCGAGGGUAUGUUAAAGAGAGAAAUAAAAACAGUACCGGACUUCUAACUCAUUUUUUUUACAAGAACAAGAUUAGAAACACUUCUACACAUUUGGCAGCAGAUUUCCCAUGCUGUUCAAGAAUGUCACCAAGUCACUUUGCACUUGCACAAGAACGGAAGCUCGUCAAAGUCCGCUAUAUACAAGUCCAUAUCCCAUGCUGAGUCCGAGUUGCAGCACUUUGCGUCUUUGCUCAAAUUGACCAAAAUUUUAAUCGAGCACUUGCAAACCGCGGGCAAGCAAACCACGGUGAGGGACAUCUAUUACCGUGAUGUUGAAUUGUUCAACAAGUCGCAGCCAAAGUGCAAACUGUUGCUCACCGAGAUUGUCAAUUCGUUGAGUUGGUCCUUAACAAGGCAUUUGAACAUCCAUCCAACUCAAAAGGGUUUGUUCUUCGGCUACAAUAUUUUCAAAACAAUGAUCAAAGAGCCGGUCUUGAUACCAAUUGAGUAUGAAGAUAAUUUUGCCAACCAGCUUUGCAUCAACCGUGACUCCAAGUUGGUAUUGGUAAUUUUGGAAAAAGAUGCAGUUUUUGAAUCCUUUUGCAAAUAUUUGUUGCAAAAAAAUACUGACAAAAUUCCAGCUCAAAUUUUGUUAGUCACGGGCAAAGGGUUUGCUGAUUCGUUGACACUUCGAUUCAUCAAAUGGUUUCUCACGUUGUACCCAAGUUGCAAAUGUAUCGGGUUCUUCGACUCCGAUGCUUAUGGGCUCAAUAUCUUUAACCAGUUUGAGACUAAAAUAGAGAAUCUGAUGAAAUUUGGAGGUGCUUACAUGUUCAAAUCGGAGCCAAUAACCUGGCUCAAUAUCCCACGCAGAGAUUUGUCUGUAUUGGUUGCAUCUUCAACGAAAUUUGUGAAUUCACACCCUGAAUGCCAUCGGGAACUAACCCGAGGUGCAUUUUUGAUGAAAAAAGCUGAGAUGAAUAUUGCUCCUGGGGAUUACAACGAGUGCCUCGUAAAAGAGUUGAACAAGUUCCUCACUUGA